AAACUACUAAAUAAAGGAACGAAACUCCAUUCUUGCCAUCUAAAAAGUCUCUAAUUUCCCAAAAAAAGGACUCGACGAAAAUAGCCAGACAUUGAAGUACACAGUUCCUGAGAGAGAGCGUGUGAUUUCACGUGUGUCGUUGACAUUAAUGGCGGAGGAAGAGAGGGCGCGUGAAAAAAUCGAGGAGAGCGUGAAGUUGUUCGUAGGUCAAGUGCCAAAGGACAUAACCGAAGAAGAGCUCAUGGCGAUGUUCAAAGAGUUCGCACUUAUUGACGAAGUCAACAUCAUCAAAGACAAGGCCACACGCGCUUCUCGAGGAUGUUGUUUUGUGAUUUGUCCUUCGAGAGAAGAAGCGGACAAGGCUGUAACUGCUUGUCACAAUAAGAAGACGCUUCCUGGGGCUUCUAGUCCGUUGCAAGUGAAGUAUGCUGAUGGCGAGUUGGAAAGACUAGAGCACAAACUUUUUGUGGGUAUGCUGCCAAAGAAUGUUUCUGACCCCGAAGUCUCCUCCUUAUUCUCUCAAUAUGGGACCAUUACAGAUUUGCAAAUUCUCAGAGGUUCUCAGCAAACUAGUAGAGGAUAUGCUUUUCUGAAGUAUGAGAAAAAAGAACAAGCAACUGCAGCAAUAGAGGCCCUUAAUGGAAAGCAUACCAUCGAGGGUUCAACUGUCCCUUUGGUAGUCAAGUGGGCAGAUACAGAAAGGGAAAGGCAAGCUAGGAGGGCUCAGAAAGCUUUAUCUCAGGCAUCUAAUGCUUCCAACUCUGGACAGCAUCCAUCUUUGUAUGGAGCUCUAUCCAUGGGUUAUAUGCCACCAUAUAAUGGUUAUGGUUAUCAGGCUCAUGGGACAUAUGCGCUCAUGCAGUACCGUCUACGGGGAGUUGCACCUGGUCUAACACCUGGAUUUACCCCAAGAAAUUAUGCCAUGUCACCUGGAAGUUACCUGGCAUCUGCUUACAGGCCUGUACAAGGGCUUCAAUAUCCCAUGCACUAUCCUGGAGGCGUUACUGGUUCUCUACCUCCUUAUACUGCAAACAGGCAUUCUGCAGCAUCUUCAAGUGUCAGUUCAAAUACAGGGGGUCAAGUUGAAGGUUGUCAAAAGUUUAUUUUGAGAUGCUUUAGUAACACUUGUUAUCGUGAAGCGGAUCAGUCCCAGGGGAUCUGUCUGAAUGAGGCUACUUUUUCUUUCUUGGUUUAUUGUUUUCCAGAGCUUGUGUUCCUCAUG